AAUGUCAACUCAAACUUGGAACUAAAUUAAAAAGAAACGCCAUUUUGUUUAUCGUGAUCGUGGUGUUUUUAACAUUCUUCACGUCAUUUUCAUAACGUUUGUCUUGCAGUAUGUUAUUUUCUUAUAUUUGAACAGUUUUCUUUUAUGAUCAAUUAAUAUUUUCAUACUAUUGAUAAUAGAAGUGUCAAAAAUAAUCGAGGUGUGAUAUACGUUAGUACAUACAUAGCUAUGUAAAUAUAUUCUUCAACUGUUUUCGCGGGUGAAUUUGAUUAAACAGCAAAAAUGUUAGGAAAGAGAAUGCACCAUAACAGCAAAGGACGACUGGCGAGUAAAGGGCAUGAGAGCGGGAAACCUUCUAGCCCAGGAAUAUCACCAUACAAUAAACCAGCAAAAAUACCAGGAGCAGUGUCUGUGGGAAAAACAAAAAUAGAUAUGUGUCCCAUACCAUACAUUAAGAUCCAGGAUAAUGCUGUUAGUCUACCGCGUUUCACGGCAAUUGCAGCACGAUCUGCUGAUGAGCCCAUUGGCAUGGAUGAGCUUGAUUCUCUGCAAUUGGAAUUGGAAUCAUUGCUAUGCAACACAGCUCUACGUGUAAGAUAUUUUCAGUCUGAAAUUGAUAGUAUUGAUACAAAUGAGUCAAAACGGGAAAAAAAGGGCAAAGCAGCUGGUAAACAACUGCAAUAUCCCGUGAAACGGAAAUUUAUGGAGGAAAAAUUUGUUAAAACCAAAGACUACACAAAGCUUUCAAACCAACCUAAAGUGCCUAAAUUUAAAAACUAUUCAAGUGCAUCUAAUGCUUCACAUAAUUAUGCUAAUGAGCAUAAUAUGAAUUCAGAUAAUUCUGUGAAAUUAGAAAUGCCUCAGUUUGCAUUGCCAAAGAAUAAUAUACCAUAUAAAUUUUGGAAUUCUGUUGAUCCUUAUUGUGCUCCCAUUACUCUGGAUGAUAUCAAAUUUCUGGAUUCUUUAUUAGCAACAAGUAGUAACACAACACUGCCUCCUAUACCACCACUUGGUAGACAUUAUUCUGAAGUAUGGGCUGAUGAACAUCUUGCUGAAGAUCAGAAUGCAUCUAAUGCUAAUAAACAAAAAACCGGAAUGUCACCUGACACAUCAAAUAUUCGCAAAAAAAUAGAAAAAUCAAAUGAUAAUAUAAUAACAGGACCAUUAACACAGAGAUUAGUCUCAGCAUUAUUGGAGGAAAAUGUGAUGUCCUAUGAUGUACCUGAUGUAAAGGUUAAACAGUCUGGAACAACAAAAAGUUAUAAAAAUUCCUUAACUUUGGAAAAAGUUCUGAGGAAAGAAUUGGUGGAACAAGGUAUAUUGGAUCCCGAAGAUUUGCCCCCUCUCACAAAUCCUGCUGAUGAUGAAAUCUUGGCUGAAAUAAAGAAAUGUCAGACAGAACUUACAGCUGUACGAAAGGACAACUGCAAAAAUCUAAAAAAUCUUAUUGGACUUUGUAAGCAGGAAAUGAUUCGACUUAAUUUGAAGAAACAACUGGACCAAGUUGACAUGGAGUGUAUUGAGGUUUACAAAAAGAUGGUGGCAGCCAAACAAAAGAAACGGCCAAUAACUAAGAAAGAGAAAGAGGAUGCCUGGAAGGUCAUCAAUGAACAAAUCAGAUUAAACAAAGAAAUAAAUGCACUACCUUUAACUGGACCGAAUUCUAGUUAAAAGAAAGCAUUUUAGACAUAUGUUUAAGUAAGAUUUAAUGCCUAUUGCUAGAAGUGUUAUUUUUGUACAAGACACCACCAAAUUACAUUGUUAGUUUCCCACUUUUUCAUAUCUCAAUGUGGGGCUUUCUCUCCAAUAUACCACCAAAUAACUGUUCUAUAAUGUUUGAAGGAUCAUUUGCUUCUAUUUAUUGUAUUGAAAUCUUCAACCAUUAUUUACCCUCAGAUAACAUCAAUUAGUACCAACCUCAUCUAUACUAUGAGGACAGCUAGUUAAAAAGGGAUUGUGUGCUCUUUUUUGUACUAAUCCUGUACAUUCUGCAGCCAAGUCAAAUGAUAGAAUAUUCUACUUAUUAUUAUUUCUUCAUGGCUGCUAUUUUGUUCAGUAUGAUUUUUAUCGAAAUUUAGUGGUGUCUUACCAGAGAUAAAUUUAUUGUAAAAAGACUUGCUUUACUUAACUAUGUUGGUAGAUAACAGGGUUGCUACAUAAGACCACAAAAACUUUUUAGUAAUUAAUUUCCCAGGUAAAAUCAUGUAUGAAGUAAGAAAUAAAAUUACGUACCUAUAUGAGUAAUUGCAACUUAUAUUGUAAAGAAUUUUGCAAACUGCAUUUACAAUCAUAACUAUAGUUUGUCCCUAUAAUAAAUGCCUAUAUAAGAGACCUGGCAUAGGCUGUCUGUAUAUUUUGAAUAUUCAAACUAUGUACUGAUAGGUAUAUUUAUAAAGUUCCAUGGGUCACUACCUGAUCGUGUUUAUUUUUGGUUAUAAAAUCAAUGUCUGUUUAUUGUACUAAAAAUAAUAAAUGAUUACUACACUUA